GCCAUUAUUGUUUUUGUUUGAAGAAAUUCAGUCUUCUUUUUCUUUCUCUUUCUCUUUUCAUUCUGACUAAUUGCCACAUAAAUUAUUACAUUCACACCCUCAUUCCAACAAACAAAAAAUGAGCGCCCAAUCCAGUACCGCACCUCUCUCAGCAGCCACAUCCAAGCGUCUCCAAAGCGAGCUCAUGACCCUCAUGAUGUCCAAGCUCAGUGGAAUCUCCGCCUUCCCCCACUCCGACAACAUGCUCAACUGGGCCGGCACCAUCGAAGGAGCCGAAGGCACAGUAUACGCUGGACUCAAAUACAAGCUCCGCCUCGUUUUCCCCUCUGACUACCCGUUCACAGCCCCCACAAUUACCUUUGACACGCCUUGCUGGCAUCCUAAUGUGGACGAGAGAGGAAAUAUUUGCUUAGAUAUUUUGAAGGAGAAGUGGUCGGCAGUGUAUAAUGUGCAGACUAUUUUGUUGUCAUUGCAGACUUUGCUUGGGGAUCCGAACCCGGAUAGUCCCCUGAAUGGACAGGCUGCGCAGCUGUGGGAGGACCAGGUGGAAUAUAAGAGGGUCUUGUUGAAGCAUUACAAGGAUAACGCACAGUGAGAAAAAAUUAAAAAAAAAACCUUUUUCGCUUUUGCUUUUUUUUAGUGUUGUGA